UUUAAUUGCAUUUCCAAAAAUGUCAAGCUCCUAAUUCACAGUGUGGACAAUACAAAUUCCUUGCACCCUUGCAAUGUAUUCUGACCCAUUUCUAUCUCACUCAUCCUCAUCCCCUCUAACCACUUCAUCCUCAUCACCACACUCAGCAUCAUUUCCUUCGAUUCCGAUGGCUACCUCUUCUACAUCUACAACCGUAAUCAAUGGUUCGACCAACAGCAAUUCCAUCACCAAGAAUCAAGCCUUGAUCAACUCUAUCAUAUUUUGCAUACUAUGUCUAGUUUGUAUAAUUACUUUUGCCAUGUUGACAUUUCGACCAGAUUAUAAUUCCAAUCCUAUUCCUAAGGUCCUAGUAGACUCAACCUCAUUUCUAUCAGUUACCAAUAUCUCGGACUCACAGACCACCACAACAUUCAACAUGGUUUUCUCUUUUAGAAAUGCAAGGGAGCUUGCAAAUUACCCUUUGCUAUAUGCAACUAUGUACCUGCAUCAUGAUCACAAGUAUCUCUCUGACAAAGGACUUCCAUCUUUUGUUCAAAAACCCAACGAAGAGACGCAAGUUAAGGCUGAGUUUAGGCUCACUGACUGUUUUCUUGCAAGUGAUUUGGCUAGUGGGGAAGUAAAUGUUGAUGUUGAGCUAAUGGCUACCAUUUUAGUUAAGCUGCCCUUUGACAAGAGGGUAUAUGUGUCAAGAUUCAUUUGCUCGGAUCUGAAGUUUGCAAAGUCUUCUCCCAAGGUUGAUGGUAACUGAACAAUUCUGGGUAGUACCAUUACUUGUAUGGAUGUGUUGUUGUAACUUGUAAGUUACAUACCAAGCAGAAAAGAAAAGAAGUAUUAGUAUUAAGCUAAGUUUUCCUUUGAACUUAUUGCUUUUUUUAGUUAACUAUAAAGGAUAAUGAACUAGGUACAGAGUGGGUUCUCCCACUUCAAUAUCCUUUCAUCUUGCUGAUUGAACCUGUUUGUACUUGGUUUCAAAGAUUGAAUUCACAACUUUCUUGGUGUGUUUAUUU